CUUGAAGAAAAGAUAGGCAAAAAGAAGUCCCACACCAUGAAUUUUUUUUGGACUCUUCUGUAUCUCUAUUCAUAGUCACCACUCUUCACUUUUAGAAGACCUUGACUCCGGAAGUAAACGUCUUUAAAUUUCGGUGCUCUGGGAAUUAACCUGCAACAAACAAGAACUUGCCAUGUAUGAUGAACUUAAACAUGAGCUUAACUUUUACAGCUUCUGUAAUGGUGAUGCUAUGGAGUACUACCGUCCUUUCUUCCUAUGUUGCAUCUCAAGUUGCCGCAACUACCUCAGCAACAACUUUGUCGCUGGAACGGGAAGCGAAGGCUCUACUCGAAAGUGGUUGGUGGAGUAACUACAGCAACGACACUUUGCGACGUUGCAACUGGACAGGCAUCUCAUGCAAUGAUGCUGGUAGCGUCACCAAAAUUUACCCACCUUCUGCCAGUAUUAAGGUUGGUGAUAAAUUUAAGAAUAUGGACUUCUCUUGCUUUCUGAACCUUGCUUUUCUCAGUCUCGGUGGUCAUGAACUCAAUGGGACGACGGAGGAUUUUGUGUUCAAUAUAGGCAACCUGUCAACAAUAACGCACCUCGACUUGUCCAACAAUUCUUUAUAUGGUCGGUUAUCUCCUCGGCUUGGUAAUCUCACCCAGUUAGAGUUUCUUGAUUUUUCAUAUAACCAAUAUAUUGCGGGUUCUAUUCCUUCGGAAUUUGGGAAUUUGAAAAAUCUUGCCAUUUUAAAUUUGACUGGGAACCGACUUCAAAAACCGUUUCCUUCGUCUUUUUAUCUUUUGACCCACCUUACCCAUCUGCAUAUGAGCUCAAAUCAACUCCUUGGUUCCAUCCCCCUAAAAUUAGGGAAUUUAAAGAGUCUAAUGACUCUGGAUUUGUCUAAUAACUUUCUUGAUGGUUCCAUUCCUUCCACUCUUUUUCAAUUAUCCAAUUUGGUCACCAUCGAUCUAUCAUACAACAAACUUGUUGGUCAAUUAACCAAUUUGAACCGUUUAACGAAAUUGGAAAAAUUGCUUCUUGGCUUCAACAGAAUCAAUGGUUCUAUCCCUUCAAAAAUUGGAGAUUUGAAAACUUUGCUUGCUUUAUCCAUUCACUCAAAUUUUUUAGAAGGUUCUAUACCCGAGGAAAUUGGAAAUUUGAAAGCACUAGUUUCAUUGGACCUCUCUCAAAACCAGUUGAGUGGACCUAUUCCACCUCAAAUUGGUAAUUGCUUCAAUUUAGAAGAGUUGAACUUAAGCAACAACAAUUUACAAGGUCUCAUUCCCAAUCAAAUCCGAAAACUUUCGUUGCUAGACCAAGUAGAUCUUAGAAACAAUGAUUUCUCAAGUGUUGUUCCAUAUAAUCUUUAUGGGACAAAAUAUCAUUACGUAAAUUCCAGCUUUUAUAAAAAACAUGAUGAGGUCUACGGUGGCAACAAAAAUUUAACGUCCUACUCCUGUUCUCCAUUGAAGAAGAAUUGCAAUCUCCCAAUAUCUCUACCUAUUACCAUAUUCGUUGCCUUUUUUCUUUUCGGGUGUUUAUUACAAUUGUUAUUGUGGAGGUAUAAGGUCAAGGUCAAUCCAACUAGCGUACUACAAGCCACUAAGAAUGGAGGGUGUUUAUUCCAAUUAUUAUUGUGGAGGUAUAAGGUCAAGGUCAACCCAACUAGCCUACUACAAGCCAUUAAGAACGGAGACCUGUUUUCGAUAUGGAACUAUGAUGGAAAGAUUGCUUAUGAAGACAUCAUAGCAUCAACAGAUGAUUUUGACAUUCGAUACUGCAUUGGAACUGGUGGUUACGGAAGUGUCUACAGAGCACAGCUACCAAGUGGAAGAGUAGUUGCCUUGAAGAAGCUUCAUCAUCUUGAAGCUGAGGAACCAGCCGUCGACAAGAGUUUCAGAAAUGAGAUAAAAUUUUUAACAGACGUACGGCAUCGAAACAUUGUGAAACUACAUGGAUAUUGUCUUCACAAACGAUGCAUGUUUUUGAUUUACGAAUACAUGGAAAGGGGAAGCUUGUUUUUCAUGCUAAGUGAUGAUGUUCAAGCUGUGGAAUUGGAUUGGACAAAAAGAGUGAACAUUAUCAAGAGCACGGCUAACGCUUUAUCUUACUUGCAUUUUGAGUGCACGUCAAUAAUGGUUCACCGAGACAUCUCAAGUAACAACAUCCUGUUAAACUCGGACUUGGAGGCUUUUGUCUCUGACUUUGGGACUGCCAGAAUCAUAGAUCCUGAUUCUUCAAAUGAAACAAGGCUUGUUGGAACUUAUGGCUACGUAGCUCCAGAACUUGCCUACACAAUGGUUGUGACUGAAAAAUGUGAUGUUUAUAGUUUUGGAGUAUUGGCAUUGGAAACAUUGGUGGGAAAGCAUCCUGCAGAAAUUUUGUCCUUGUUGUCGGCACCAUCUUCUUUGCAAAAUAUAAUGUUAAUUGAUGUAUUAGAUCCACGUCUCUCACCUCCAACAUGUCAGCUUGUCGCACAGAAUAUUGUUCAUGUAGCUACCAUAGCAUUCGCAUGUUCACAAGCUGAUCCAAACUUACGGCCAACAAUGAAACAUGUCUCACAAAUGUUCCUUUCUUGUCAAAGAUCAUUAAGGAACCCCCUCCGAACAAUCUCUUUGCUGCAACUUGUGAACUGUGGAAUGCAUAUGGAAGGAUCAUAUCAAGCUCCACAAUGUUAGUGCCAUUAUUCGGGCAAAUGUCUUGUUGUUAAUUUUCAUAAACUGACACAGUGCAUUUUUGGUUUCAUCCUUUUCUUUUUUAUAUUUUGUCCUUACUUUUUGUUAUUUCCUCUUUCAUAUUUUCCAUGUCAUAAUUCUCCAAGUUGGUGAAGAUGUGUUCUGUUUUCCAUGUUAAA